ACACUAGUAAAGCACACAGGGCUGCGGGAGUACAGAGGGGAAGAAGAGAGAGAGAGAGAACGGAGAAAUAGAACAGAGAGGGACAGGGAGGGAGUAGAGAAGACCGUGGAGCACGCGGCACUGAUGGAACAACAGGAUAUAUAACCGUUCCCUGGACACCGUAUUCCAUGCCUCUCCUCUGUCGGGGCCUCGUCAUUGAUGGGCAACCACUUGGACCGUAUCACCCAUCUCAGCUACAGCGAGCUGCCAACCGGCGAUCCGUCCGGAGUGGAGAAAGAGGAGCUCAGGGUCGGCGUAGCUUACUUCUUCUCCGACGAAGAGGAAGAGGUGGACGACGGAGGAGGAGGAGGAGGAGGAGGAGGUUAUCCUUGCGCCAGCCAGGAGGGCCCCGGUGCGGUCAGCGAGCUGGAGUACUCCGCGUUCUGCUCCCAGGAAUGCAUCUUCUCCAAGCUCCGCGAAAACCAGGACUUGAACGUGUACUCGGCCAAAACUUUGCUCUCCAUGUGCAAGCCAGGGGACCUUGUGGAGCUAGUAUCCACAUCACAGGCACCUCACUGGGCUGUGUACGAGCUCAACGACCAGGUGAUACACCUGCAUGAGGGGGAGAUACGGAAGGACAGCCUGACUGAGAUAGGACGGGGCCGGCGUGGACGGAUAGUGAACAGCCGCUACCGGUUCCGGCCGCUGCCCUCCGACCUGGUGCUGCAGAACGCCACUGGGCACCUCGGCCUGAACAGCGGGGAGAUCUGCUGGACCAACUCGGAGAGCUUCGCCGCUUGGUGCCGCUUCGGGAAGCGGGAGUUUAAGAAGGGAGGCGAGGCACACUCGGCGGCGCAGCAGUACUUUCUCAAAGUGCACUUUGACGCCGGGACUCGGAGCGGACACGCACACACAUUGGUGUUCCGUAGCCUGGAAGACAUGAUCUGGGAGCGCAGGCGUGUGGACGCCAGCGGCAUUCUGAAAGAGUUGUCUUUAGGGGUCAACGGUGGGAAGGAGUGAUUGAUUUUGGAAUUCUAAUUAAAAUGAUAGCCUAUACCUCUCCUCUUUCUUCUACACACACACACACACACACACACACACACACACACACACACACACACA